AUGUCCUCCAAAUCUGAUUUUGUGGUGAGCUGGGGAAGAAUGGACCGCCACGUGCUGUCCUCAUCUGCACAGCCUGCUACAGUAAUGCCCGACAAUCCUGAUCUCAUUGGGGAGUCUGCCUGUGGCAUCCUAGGGGUCUGGAUGGGAGAUAGCUCUCUAUCCGCCCGCCGGGUGUCAGGUGCUGACGCGGCCUGCUGUGUCCGCCGAGCGGUGUCAGGGGCUGAGGUGGCCUGUUUUUGCGGCGUGUUACUCACAACAGUGAGGCAGCCGGACGCCAUCUUGGCCGGGAGAUCCUGCGGGCCCGUUUGCUUGCUGUGGCCGAAAUAUCGCCGGAUACCGCCGGAGGAGGACGGAGGUGAUGAGCUCCAGGGUCGUUGCGUAGUACCUGGCGACCUUGGAAACCAGCUGGAAGCCAAGCUGAAUAAGCCAUCAGUUGUACAUUACAUGUGUUCUAAGAAGACAGACUACUACUUCACUCUUUGGCUGAAUCUGGAACUUCUGCUACCCCUUGUAAUUGAUUGCUGGAUUGAUAAUAUAAGGUUGGUCUAUAAUACCACAACCAAAACUACAGCUUCUCCAGAGGGAGUUGAUGUAAGGGUCCCAGGCUUUGGACAGACAUACCCAUUGGAAUUUCUUGAUCCUAGCAAAAGGAGCUUAGGUAUAUAUUUCUACACACUUGUUCAGAGUAUGGUUGAUUGGGGCUACACGCGUGAUGCAGAUAUAAGAGGUGCUCCUUAUGACUGGCGAAAAGCUCCAAGUAACAAAUGUACACUGAUAUACAAGCUGUACACUAUUAUAGAAACUAUGUUUGAAACCUACAAGAGCCCUGUGGCACUCAUUGCACACAGUAUGGGAAACCUAUAUACCCUUUAUUUCCUUAACCACCAGACUCAAAACUGGAAGGACAAAUACAUUCAUUCUUUUUUGGCUCUUGGUGCUCCUUGGGGUGGAGUCUCUAAAACAAUGCGAGUUCUUGCUUCAGGAGAUAACAACAGAAUACCAGUGAUCAGUUCUUUGCGGAUUCGUGACCAACAACGCUCAGCAGUAUCAACCAGUUGGCUACUUCCAUACAGAAACACAUGGUCCCUUGACAAAGUAUUUGUAAGGACUCAAAAUGCAAAUUACACACUGCAGGACUAUCAGAAGUUUUAUAAUGACAUUGGCUUUCCAGAAGGUUGGGUCAUGAGGAAAGAAACAGAGGGAUUAAUAUCAUCACUUACACCUCCUGGAGUUCCGGUACAUUGUUUUUAUGGUACUGAAGUGGACACCCCUGAUUCAUUCCAGUAUGAUAGUUUUCCAGACAAGGACCCAAGCAUAAUAUAUGGACCUGGAGAUGGAACAGUAAACAUAGAAAGUGCCUUACAGUGUCGCAAAUGGGCGGGUAGGCAGAAACAGGCAGUAUCUUUAGUGGAACUGCCGGGUAAUGAGCACAUUGCAAUGUUGUCAAAUAUGACCACGAUAUCUUACAUCAAGUUGGUCCUUUUAGGUAAAUAGCCGACUGCACCUAAAAAUGUCAUAAUCUGCCUUCUCAAUGUGUGGAAAGGA